AUGGAACCACCACAGAAGAUUUCAGGAGGAGCAGAGACACUGAAAAAUAUGCCUCCUGGAUCGUCGAUUUCUAUUGCAUAUCACCCCAAUUUUGGACCUCAUGAUGAUCUCAUUGUUCUAGAGCUGGAUGAGAAACUGAUCCCAGAUGUUUUGAAUGAAAGGAUGGUAUUAAGAGGACAGCCUGAUGAAGAUGCGGUUCUUUGUACUCAAUCAAAAACAUAUGCUAUGAAAUUUGUUGGAACUUCCAAUUCUGUUUUGCUUGUACCGCCAGAAAAUCAAUCAGAAUUGUAUGAAAAUCAGCAGAAGGAUGAUAUUAACAAUACUGACGAGAAAGUUGUUGCACAUAUAUUAAAAGUCGUACCUGGUAGUUUGGAGCUUAUUGAGGUUUCCCCCAAACUUGAUAAACUCAAAUUGCUUCUUUCAGAGAACACUUACAGAUUUGAUGAAAAUGACAUGGAAAUUUUAGAAGAGAAUCAGGAAUCAAGAGUGGGAUUAUAUAACUGGAAUGAUCUUAUAGACAAUAUUCAAGCUAGUGACGAGGAAUUAAGGUUUGGACUGCAAGCUCUUUCUGCUGUGGAGAUUAAUGGGUAUUGGAGAUUAGUUGAUGAGAGUUACAUGGACAUGAUUCUGGGAGUGCUUUUGAAAAAUUCAGUGUUGAAUGACUGGUCACUCAAUGUUCUAAAUGAAGAUGAAGUUGUGAAUAUGCUGGAAUCUGAUGGUUUUCCUGUGGUUCUUGCAAGGCAUUGCUUGCACAUAUAUGCCAAGCAAGUAAAAGAAAAUGAUUGCAUGGAAAGCUGUGUGUGGAAGUUGGAUGAGAAGCGAGUAUGCAUACACUUUGCAAGAGAAAUUCUGAAAGGAGGUAAGAGGAAGUUAGAGAGUUUUAUGGAAGAAUGGAGGAAGAAGACUCCAGAUGAAAUGCAGCCAUCUUUUGAUCUUAUGGAAGGAGAGGUAUUGACUGAGAAACUUGGAGUUGAGACAUGGGUUCGUGCCUUCCGUGUCUCUUCUUUGCCUUCCACUCCAGCUGAACGUUUCUCCAUUCUUUUCAGAGAGCGUGCAAAAUGGGAUUGGAAGGAUCUGCAGCCCUAUAUCAGGGACCUGAAUGUACCAGGUCUUUCUGCUGAAGGUUUACUACUCAAAUACACUCGAAAGACACAACCGUCACCUAAUCAAGAUCCAGUUUUCAGUGCAAGAUAG